AUGGAAUCCGAAACCGAAAAAUGGCAUCGUAUAAUUGUGAAAGAGAAGUCGUCGCAUCUUUCUGACUUUCUUAUUCACAAACGGUAGUGAACUUACCUCAAAACUUGGAAAAAGUUUCUAUAUAAUAUUUCUAGGUCAUUAUUGCUUUCCGAUAACCAGGAAGAAAGAGAGAGCACGGUCGACAACGUUCUCGACGUUCUGAAGACGUUGCCUGACGAAUUUCUUCAAGAGGAAGAGGGUAUCACCAAUGAAAUACCUUGGAGGAAAUUGUUCAAAAAAUUAAUUGCAGUUCAACUUCUGCUAGACUAUUUCCUGAGUUCUCUCGAUUGCUCCCCGCUCGCUGGAGGAUCCGUCAUUCGAGUGAUUCAUCAUAUUGUUUUUAACUCAAAAAAAAUCCCUCGAAAUAUUGAGGCACGCAUCGUUCGAGUAUUGUUUCAGUAAUUCAAUAUGUUUUGCAAUGCCUUGAAUGUUAGAUUAUAGAGAAGGCAGUUUGCAAAGCUGGGCACAAAAAGAGCGACAAUUGCAGUAUGAAAUUCUGAACUGGACUUUGCAGCAUAGAGUUCACGGUUAGUUCAACACAACAAUCUCGACAAUUCAAAAGAGCGGUGGUUAAUGCAGCUUUGAAAGCGAUGGGAUAUGAUUUCAUAUCCAUGUUCAUCAAGAGCGUGUCUGGAGAAAGAGAUCCACGCUGCCUCGUGCACAUGUUCUCGGCGUUUCUGAAAAUUACCAAUAAUUUCACUCUUGGAGUAUACACAGAGGACAUGUUCGAAACAAUUGCCUGCUAUUUUCCAAUCGAAUUCAGGCCGGUAUUCAUUUUUUUUUACGUCAACAUUUGAAUGUUUGAACGUUUCAGAAGCCUGAAGAUGGAAUUUCUCGAGAAUUUCUGGCUACUAGCUGCGCAUCUUGCCUCGUUUCUUCCUCUACGUUCGCACCGUUCUGUUUUUUAUUUAUUGACGAGAAACUCAACGACGAGGAAUGUACUGAAGAGGAGUAUCACGACGUUCUAGAUCUAUUGGUAAUAUCUGUUGGUUUUUCUCUAAUCAUGCGUUCAUGUUCGCUCAGACUUUGGCGUGUGACAGUUUCCCAAGACAUAGACUCCACGAAGCCCAUCAACGAUCGCUGAUUGAUGGAAUUCGGAAGAUAGCCCUAAACCCCAACAAUAAAGGUUUUUUUGAGCUUCGGAUAUUCAAGGCGAACAUUUGAAAACAUGCUCGGGCCUCUUUUUAUCGCUCUGUAUCGGAAUCGUAUCCUCAAAGACACGGCGACCAAAAAUGUAGAAAGGAGCGUGGCCUAGCGUGCACGGUUUAUCACCAUUUUGGCGCGAAAUUCGAAAUUUAACCGCAUUUUUCAUGUUUUCGUCAAAAAUUACCCAAAUUUUGUACGAUUUCGACGGUGUAAUUGCGUAGCUUUGUUAAACUAAUCAUCGCGCACUUUUUGAGCUUAAAACGAGCAGGUUUCAUUCAGAAAUGAAUCAAUUGAAUCGAUUUUAAGUUUUGUGCUGAAAAUGCGCGAAUUUCAGUCAUUCGCCGAUACUUUUUGCCGUUUGAACGCUUAAAAUACUUGUAUUAACGUGCUUAAUCACUUCCGACACUCACUUCGUCUCAAAACUAUCCAAAUCGGCCGGUAUGAAAAUUCCGAAAUUGCGGCGGCGAUUGACCGCGGAGAGCGUAUUACGAAAUAUGCCAAAAACGUCUCAGGCGUUUUCACGAAAAUUUCGAUGUUUUCUCUCUUUAAUGUCUUCUUUCGUCGAUAUCAAACACAAAAAGCGGAAAGGUGCUGGAAUUGCGGUAAGCCGCUUCCGAACGUCAGCUCGGUCUGCGGCGCAGCGGACCUACGCGUAGCUACGUUUCAAAAGUCUUGUUCCUAUUAAUAAAAGUCUUCACGGGUAUGUCCGUCUGUUUGUUUGUUUGUUUAUUUCUGUUUGUCUGUUGUGACGGAGAAAUUACGAAAGGAGCACGUGAAUUUUCAAACGGCUCUGAGAAACAAGCAAGCGGCGGAGCAGUUUUCGAGCGUUAGCUCGGACCGCGCUCCAAAAGUUUUGUUUAUAUAUAACAAAAAUCUUUUCAGGCGAACUACCUGGCAAUGUUCUAGAUUCCUUCCGAUCAAUAGUUACUUUUUGCGAGAAGUCGAUAUCAAGAAAUGAGCAAGAAAUGGGACGCAUUGUCAACUCCAUAUUAGAAAGUAGGCAACGAUAUUUACAUACCACCAGAGUAAAAGAACAAUGCGAAAAAUAGUGUGUAAAAUGAAGAGGCACUGAGAAAAACACAGACUACUGUAUUACGAUCAAAUCUAUUUUUUUAGGUUACUGUAAGUACAGUGAUUUUAAGACUCGUCAUAUACAUUCACUCAAUUGCCCUUUCACAAUAUGUACAUUUAGACUCAGAGCCAUUCGUUCUGCAAGCCGAAAUGGGGCUGUGCAAAAAAGGAUUGUCGUUGCUGCUAUGUGCAUUUGAAAAUCUAAAUACAAAACAUGCUCAAAUUGUUUUCAAUCAAGCUAUUGCUUGGAUUAUAACGCUAGUUCAAGGUAACAUGCUUCUUUUUGUUGUAAAUGUGAAUAAUUUGAAGGUGACAGUAUCAACGUCGCUGCGAACAAAGUGGACAUAAUUGGAGAAGGGCUCGAUUAUCUCGUUGAGUGGAUUAAGCUUGGUGCAGAUUUAGGAAAAAAUGCUGUUGAGCUGCUCAGCAAUUUCGAACGAACAAUAUUCGAUUCGUGUCUACUUGCUAGAGAGUUCAAGCCACAGGCGGCACUAGUUGCGAUUUAUGAAUGUGCUAUGGUAUUUUUUAAAAAUAACUCGAAGGUUUAAUCGAUAUUUGUAGACGUAUAUGGAAAUUGGGUGCGUAUCUGAUGAACUGGUUUCAAUGUGUAGAAGUUUCACCGCUCAAGGGCUCAAAAGUGUUGAGGACGAGAAAGAGUUUCGAUGCUUUCUCCGUUUCGUUUCUAUAUUUUCGUCCUAUCAUUUCGACGAAGUGAAAAAUGUCAUCGCCGACAACCCGAUUGAUACUUGGAGUGAAUUUUUAAUUGCCUUUUUAUAAAAUUAAACAUGUUUAUUCAGCACGUUCGAAAGUUCUGGCAGUUCUCUGUGCUAUUAGUUACACUGAAAAUGGAUGGAGUUUAGCGAAACAAAGCAUAUCUGAAAAACUCGAAAACGGAAUGAAGAAAAAUCAAAAAGAUCUGGAGUAUUAUGUAAAAAUGAUGACAGAUUCGAGAAACGCAAACUAUCAUAUUUUUCUUGAACAAUUUGACGUUUUCGACACCGCUCUUCUCAAGGUUUGUCUUUUUUGAUUCAGGUUCCUUCCAUUUGUUAUUGUAUAGGCGAAUCCUCUCGACGGUAUUGUUGCACCCAAAGCUUUGCAACAGAUCACGCUCCUUCUUAACUCUGAAUGCCACCAAUUCUUCAUGAAUAAGCUCACAUCUAGAUAUCGGAACACACCGGAGGAUGAAGUUUUGCAGUUUGAUGAAAAGUAUCGAUUGGUUUAUCUUCAAAAUUCGGUAAGAUCCUUUUUGUGGAAAAAAAACGUUAUAGAGUAUAACCUGCGAAAAUUCAGAAUACCACAGACCUUCUCGAAGUUCGUGAAAUCAAGCAAUUGUCGGAUAGAACUUUAAACCAAUUGCUUUUUGCUGCGUGUAAUAGAACCAAAGCUAUAUUGAAGAUUUCCGAUGAGUUUAGUUUGUAGCUGAGAACACGCUUGAAAGCUGAUUUUCAGACACCGAGUUGUGGAAGUAAAGGCUUGUCUUUUAAAAAACAGUAAACAAGCGCUGAGCAUGUUCGAAGAUUUUCUAACGCAAAUAUUGUCGAAACAGUCAAAUGACCAAGGAGUUAUUGAAUAUCUGCUAGACUUUGAUAGCUGCGAUACGAAUCCGGACACAUGUUUGUAUUUAUCCGGCAGCACUUUGUGGAGACAGCGAAUAUUUGUUCAAGUGAUACCGAUUUACAAGAAGAAAUUCGAAGAAGCGGGCGAUAAAAAAUACCUGAUGGCCGAAAUGCUACCGCAUUUGUUGAAAUUUGCGGAAACGCUCAAUCCACGUAUUUUGAAAAAGGAGUAUGCGAUGGUAUGUAAACGUUCGAAAUUGGAUGACUAUGAUCAUUAUCAGAUGCUUCCUAUUCUCAUUGAGCUAAUAAACUCGUGUAGCCAUAUUUCGUUGUAUGUGGUUCGUUCGAUUCCGAUGUUCCUAUCGAUUAAGGAACCGCUGCAGUCGAAUGAGGUUCGAAUAAUUGUACAGUAUCUCUGUUUAGUUGUAAAGCAAGAUAAUUGCGAAAUGGUAGGAUUGAUUGAUGCAGUCCAUUUUUAUUGAAAAACGUCCAUCUUAAAGGAUAACCUGGAAAAUGCGCUCCAUGGAUUGGAUAUCCUGGCUCGACACCAAUCGGCAAGGUUGCUUCUUCCCGAAAUGGCAAAUGUUAUAGCAUCUCUAAACAAAACAUUAGGCCACAAAAAACGUCUUUUACGGGUGACAUCAGCUAAUGUGAAAAACAACUGGUAACGUGAAACAAUGUGUGAUUUUAUUAACACGAUUUUUCUUUCAGGGAAAUUCUGAUCACCAAAUAG